UCAUUGCUGACAAGCCAAGUUUUAGAAAUGCCCACAACCAUUGGUUUUCAACGAAAGGCAUGGUUACUGUGACUACCUGGAAAACUGCUUGAAAAAUACUCAGUUACUUUCGUCGCCUUCAAUGACAAUGACACACGCUCGGCCUGUGCUUACAUCGAAUACGUCGAGGGCUGAAUGUGCAGGUCGUCGUGACGGGUACUAUUCGAAUGGAUGUACGUCCGAUUUUGUAUAUUGUCAUGGCGGAGUCGCUACUGCAAUGAAAUGCCCGGCAUCAUUGGUUUUCAACGAGGAAAGAGGUUUAUGUGACUACAUGGAGAACUGCACUGAAAAAAGUGCCCCCGUAGUUGUGCCAAUCCCGACCCAGCCCGCACCAACGAUACCUCCACAGCAACAAGCACAAGCAUCUUCUGGUACUCUGGAUUGUGCGGGACGCCCGAACGGACAUUAUUCCAAAGGUUGCUCGAAUGACUUCGUCAUUUGUAAUGAUGGUGUGGCAACCGCUAUGAAGUGCCCGCCAAUGUUGGUAUUCAACGAAAAGAAUGGAUACUGUGAUUACCCAGAAAGCUGUCAAGCCGGCGGUGCGGCCGUUCACAAGCCUCCUACCACGCAACGGUCUCCUCCACCAUCGUCAUCAGAUCUCCCUUGCUAUAAUCGUGAAGAUGGAUACUACUCUGAUGGAUGCUCGUCCGAAUUUGUCUACUGCUUCCAGGGAGAGGCUACAUAUUUCCAAUGCCCAGCGGGUUUGGUCUACGAUGAGAAGGCUGGAUAUUGCGACUAUUCGGAAAACUGCGGUGGUAGAUCAGAAGCGGAUUCUGUUCUGAAACCAUCCCAAGAAUCUAUUGUUGCUUUGACGUCAUCAGCGGACGAACACAGCUGCAAAGGGCGACCAGACGGGUACUAUUCUAAUGGUUGCACGCCCGAAUUUAUCCAUUGCCGUGAUGGAGUUACUACUCGAAUGAAAUGCCCUUCUUCGCUAGUCUUCAAUCAAGAAAUGAACUACUGUGACUACCCUGAAGUUUGUUCUCCUCAAGAGGAACAGACGCCUUCUGCUGCAGCACCACCUUCCAAGCCGCAGAUCAGCUUUGUUUGUCCCGAGUCGACUGGAGUCUUCUCGCUUGGUUGCACGUCGGAAUUUGUAGUGUGCUCACACGAUGUUGCGCAAGUAAUGACAUGUCCUGAAGGUUUGGUCUUCAACUUCGCUAAAGGGAACUGCGAUCACAAGGAGAAAUGUCAUGAAGGGAAAAAGAGCAAGCCUGCUGCAGACACUCCGCCUGCUGCUCAUGCUGAACCAAGUACUUCUAGGAUCUCGAGCGAAUGCAAAAAUCUUCCCGAUGGCACGUUUGGAUCACAUUGCGGUUCAUCCUUCGUUGUUUGCGCUAGCGGAGUGGCGUACACCAUGAACUGCCCUUCGGACUUGGUUUUCGAUGCUAAAGCUAAGCGCUGUGUCUACUCAAAAGACUGUGACAAGAAAUCAGCUGGAAAGAAACAUGACAAGGGUACAACUGCACUGCAUAGCCCACAGACUACACGAAACGGUUAUUUUUUCAUUUAUGAGUGCGAUGUGGAUGUGAAAUUACGUUUAGAUUGCAUCGGUAAACCAGAUGGCUUGCAUUCUCUCGGAUGCGUUGGCGAGUUUUUGCAAUGCGUUGGAGGCAGGACCUACAGCUUGCAUUGCCCCGCAGGGCUAGUUUUCGUUGAACGACUUGGUGUCUGUGAUGAGCCCUCCACCUGCAAACAGCUACACAGGCCUAAGAACGUAAGCGGUCCAUUGGCAUAUGAGCCACUUGUGAGCUCUACACCUGAAGAUACAGAAUGCGAAGCUGAAGGAUAUUUUGCACACUUUUGCUCUGUGGAAUUCUACAAUUGUGUGCAUGGCAAGCUCUUCGUCGGAAAAUGCCCUGAUGGGCUGGUCUUCAAUCCCGACAAGUCCGCCUGCGAACAUGUGGAGAGCUGCGCGGGCAUCAAGGAAAGCAAACAGCGUUCGAGCAUAACCCUAGCAGCGCCUAAGACCGAAUUCAGCAAAGACAAUUCCUGUAAGGAUCGACCAGAUGGAGUGAUUAGUGACCUCGAUUGCCAGCCACACUUUACCACCUGCCUGGCUGGUAUAGCUUUCGUCACAAAGUGCCCUGCUGGACUCGUCUAUUCCGUGAAAGCAAAACUCUGCGAUUAUCCUGAUGUGUGUGGGAAGGAGCACCACUCCUCAGCAGCGCCUGCAGCUGAGCCCACUCGAGCGGUUUCUGCGCAGUAUCAGGAUACUGCAGUUGGAAAAGACUUAUGUGCUGGAAAAGCCUCUGGUCCCUUAGAACAUUCAAACUGUAGAUCAUCGUUCUCCUUCUGUGUGCAUGGAGCCCUUUACACCAUGAAUUGCGCCCCUGGAUUGCUGUUUUCCUUCGAGUCGCACAGGUACACCAACUUCUUGUUUUCGGAGGAAGCUCUCUAA